ACCCUAGGGAUGAGGUGCAGUAGCGAUCUGGGCCAACGUCGUCAUCCCCUCAUUGCGAUCACCAAAUUCUUCUCGGCAGAACUACAAAUUCGAGACCGCAUCUUCAAAGAUUGUAUCACAGCACCGCGUAGUUUCUACCUUUUCCAUAAUCAGUAACUGCAACCAAAUCCACAAUGUCGAACAAGCCGCACGCCUUCAACCCGCCAGACGUUCCCGAGCCCCCACCAACCUAUUCACAAGUCUCCAUCACGCCUCUCUUGCCGACAUCGAAGCUCAUCGCACUUGCCGGCCAGGUCGGUCUGGAUGGCAAAACUCAUAAAAUAGUAGAAGGCUUCGAUGCUCAAGUCAAACUCGCCUACCAAAAUAUCCUCAACGCGCUGAAGGCAGCGGAUGCGACUCCUCGCGAUAUCAUCCAUGUGAAGCACUUCAUCGUCAAAGAUACUGGGCGUGUCGGAGUCGAGAGCGAAGAUGAAUUGACACGUGUGUGGGGCCACCAUUGGAUAGAAUUCAUGGACAAGGAAGCUGACGGCUAUCGCCCUCCGGACACAGUGCUGGGUGUUGCAGCCUUGGCAACGAAAGAGAUAUUAUAUGAAUGUGAGGUGUGGGCCAUCGUGCACAAAUAAGCAGUUGCCUAUCGAUUAGGUGCGAACCCAGUCGACAGCAAUACAACAAUCAUGUUUCGUCCUCAUUCAGUAAAAG